CACAGUUCAUGUGAAAAAGUGCACUAAAUCACUUUCUUAGCGCUGAGCAGGAUAUGCUAAAAAAGGCUAGCCACUGGUUUUAGCCAUGGGUCUUGGCUGAUUGUAGUAGUAGCAGAAACUUUGUUUUCUCCGGCACCUGGAGACUCGGUCUUCUCUGACGAGGCAAGGACAGGUCACUUCAGGCGUGGUCAGUCAUGCUAGCUGCUCCUCCGCAGAGUGCAGGCUAGGCUAAGCUAAACCAGCGCUCAUGUGCGGCAGUGAGGAGCCUCUCAGAUGCAGGUGAGCGUGGAGCCCGUCCGGCUGCCGCAGAGCGUCUCCGGCUCCUCACAGUGCCAUGGCGCCUUCGCCACUACUUUUGGACCAAAGUUGGAGGAGCGCCCGCCAGAGAACCAGCGCACUUCACCUUGGAGGAGGCCGAAGCCCCGACAUCCCGCUCCAGCAGCCAUGAGCUCCCCUCGGGAGAGGGACCACAGUCUGAAGAAGAAGCUUCUAAAAGAACCCAGCAGAUACAUUUGUUCAGUUGCUGACCAGCUCACCAGAAGCGUUGACAGAGGCCUAUCAAGUGACCAAAGUGUCUCGGCGUGUUCUCGGUCCUCCGUUGGUGGUGCUAGCUCAGUGAGCCGCCUCACCUCCUGUUCAGGCAGCACUGGCAGUGCCACAGGCUUCUCCACCGAACACAGCUCCAUCUACUCCUGGAGAUACGAUGAGUUCGACAGGGCAAACACUCAGCAUGUAAGACAACUCUUCAGUGCGCUGGAUGAGCUGCUGUACGAAGGGAAGCUGAGCAGUAAAUCUGAGGCCCUGCAGAAAGAGUGUGAGGAAUGGAACACACACUCUCCCCACAUCAGGAUUUUAGGAAAUCAGUUGGAGCCUCCGAAGCAGGAGGGGGUGCAGUAUGUGCACAGGAAAGCCACUAGUGCUAGAACCGCUCCAUCACCUUCCUGCCUAGACAAGAGAGAAGAUCACAGCGAUCUGUGUGUGGAGGGCCACAGACUAGCCCCAGGCCCCUGGUCCGUGUGCUCCAGGCUGCAUCUUUCGGAGCUCUCUUUGUCUCAUAGCCAGCAAGAAGAGGAAGUCUAUGAGGCCGAGGGCAGGAUAGAGGAAUUCCUCGCUUAUGAUGGAAAAGAAAUGGAAAAUGAGGGGGUGGAUCAGAGGAAGGCCUCAGCUGCGGCCUCCCGGGACGGGGUCCCCCCAGUGUCCCCCAAAGCUUGCAUCCGCGACGCAGUGGCUGAUGAGCUUUUCGAUGACGUAUGGCGGGAAAUAGUAGGCCUACUGGAUGAGCUCUUACUCAAACACUGGGAGAAGCAGAGCUCUGAUGGACCAGCACAGAGAAGGACACUGGAGAGCUCCAGCCAAAUUUUCUGUGAAACUUCAUCUCACCUCCCAUCUAGGGGCCAUCACGUUUCCCCUAGCCGAGGCCCUAAUAGCAGGAGCAUGUUCCUAUGGGCCAACAGCAGUAAUGCACAGGAAUCAAGUGUCUUGAAGAUUAAUUUAAACGGCGUUAUGACAAUCCAGGCAAAGCCUCUACAACAGAGACAGCAGGGAUUUGGCGAAAGGUCUCUGUGUGACUCAGACGAUGGAGCCAGCUCACUGACGUAUGUAAAGACCCAGGGGCAAAGAGGGACGAGUGCAUUCUUACACAAACCUGCAGUCCAGCGGAUAUUCCCCAGGCUCAAUGGCAGAGCCAGGCUGCGCCAGACUGUCCCAGCACAAAGCACCCAGGUCUUACGAGGAACCAGACUAUCCACUGUGGCUGAGGACCUGCUCUCUUCACCUGUGAGUGCAGUGCAGAACAACAGGCUUCCUCUCAUCCACACUGAUUCUACCGAGCAAGACUAUAACACAUCUGCUCCCAGACAUACGCAGCAGCUCAGAGGGAGAAUCAUGAGAGGUGGAGUAGCUGGCGCCAUGCACGCUGUGUCUAGCCUGCCACCCCUGAGAGAGCCCACUCUACUACUGGAGUCCCUGUCCCGACCCAACACCACACACACAUUUAGAUCGGACACACCCCUGAAAAGUUCUUUCACACCUAUGGACUUUGCCUGUAAUGUGAGGAUGGGGAGAGGCCUUCUGGCAGGAGACUUCUCCAGAACAGGUCAUGGCACACCUAUGGGUGUGACAGGCUUCAGCAUCACCUGUUCCACGGCCAGCGGCUUUUCUGAGUGUACCACACCCCUAAAGAAACGCACACACCUCCUGUCCUCCACUGAUGGGGAGGGACGGAAUACACCACUACUUGGAUCUAUAGGUCCUCGAAAGGCAUUGAGUCGGUUUCCAGUACCUGCAAGAAAGAAGUUUCAGGUGGUAUUGUCAUAGACAGCUAUUUUUUUUUUACCAUACUGUCGGACACUAGAAAGACAGUCUGCAGUACUGUGUAAGGACAAAAUCAUUUUGGUGCUUUUUUGUUUCUCUAAAAUACCCAUCCAUAACAGUAUGCAUCCUAUUUGUACUAACAAAUUGUGUUACUGACCAGAUUGUGUAUAAGAUGAGCAGUACACAUUGCUUUUAGCAGUUAUGUGAACAUGCUGGAAAUGGUUAAAAGGUGGGAUGAACACAUGGAACAGUUGUUACAAAGUCUUUUUCUGUUAUGUGCAUGUGUUGAAUGCCAAACCACUUUGUGUGUGAAAAAUGUGUUGAUGCAGCUCAAUAAAUUGACAUUUUUACUGCAGGUGCA